ACUUCCUUCCUCCUUCUCGCCGUCGAUCAGCCUCCCACACCGCCUCGUCGCCGUCAUCAAGCUCUCACGUUCUAACCCCAGCUUUGGUACAACCCCUCAGAAGAAAAAUGUAAUGUUCGUUAUCGCACAUCCUGAUGAUGAGUCAAUGUUCUUUUCUCCAACAAUAAACUACUUAGCUUCCAAUGCCUGCAAUCUUCACAUAUUAUGCUUCUCCACUGGUAAUGCUGAUGGCAUGGGAAGCAUUAGGAACGAUGAGCUGCAUCGAGCAUGUGCGGUGCUGAAGAUUCCGCUUCAACAAUUAAAGAUUCUGGACCAUCCUAAUUUGCAGGAUGGUUUUGGGCAAUUAUGGAGCCACGAUUUGCUAACAGAGAUCAUCAAAGAAGAAGUCACUAAUCACGAUAUCCACACAAUAAUAACAUUCGAUAACUAUGGUGUUUCGGGUCACUGCAAUCACCGAGAUGUGCAUCAUGGAGUAUUAAAGUUCUUGCAGACUAAUUCAGGAAGAAAUAUCAAAGCUUGGGAACUCGUAAGCCUUAAUAUCUUUCGCAAGUACUUUGGACCUGUCGACAUUUGGCUGUCAAUUUUAUCCGUCAAACAACAUCCGAGUAAGGUAAUCAUCAUAAACGAGCAGCCUUGGAAAAGCUUCAAAGCAAUGGCUCAACAUUUAAGCCAGUGGGUUUGGUUUCGGAAGCUUUUUGUUUCGUUUUCAAGUUAUACAUAUGCGAAUACACUUAAUAGAAUCAACCCUUGAGUAAAACGAGCUCUUGUUGAGGCAAAACUGAAACAAUUUUGAAGAUAAGUUGCAGCUUGUAAUGUUGGAUCACUGAGACAACUCAUUGAUUUGACAUUUUUUUGUGUAAAAAUACUUUGCUACAAACUAUUCAGAUGUAAACAGCUAAAAAAAUCUGCGAAGUCGA